ACUGAAAAAAAUAGAGAAAAAAAAUGACUUGAAAAAUUUAGAAGAAUGAUAUCAUGAAAAUUAGAAAAUAUUUAGAAUAUUGUGUUUAGUGGUGCAAUAUUAAUAUAUCAAAUGAACAUUGAUGAUUAAUGGUGAUGAUGAAAAGUGGUUGUUAGUGUAAAAGCGAAGAAAUGCGAAAUGUGAAAAGGUGGGAAGAACAGGAAGUGAAAGAAAUUGAAGGAUGAUAUAAAGAUGGUUUGGUGAAUUUUGAGAGAGAGAAAAAAAUGUAUCGAUAAAAAAAGGGGGGGAAGAGAGAGAAUAAGUGAAAGGUGACUAAAAGUGAAUAGAAAAGAAAGAAGAAAGGGAAAAAGGAAAGAAAAAAAAGUAAUAUCCAAACAGGUGUUUUGAAAGAUAAGGAAAACAAAAUAGAGGAGGAGGAGGAGGAGGAGAAGAAAAAGAAGAAAAAGAAGAAAAAGAAGAAGAAGAAAAAGAAGAAGAAAAAGAAAAAGAAGAAGAAAGAAGAAGAAGAAAAAGAAGAAGAAGAAGACGAAGAAGUAGGCGUGGCUUAGGAAGUGGGCAGGGCUCCAGGAGGCCUUUACUACCCCCCUCCCCCCCUCCCCGCCAUGGCCCGCGUACUGUCCACAAGAUACAGGGCCAAAGAGCAGCACAGGCAGCGGAUCGUCUCGUCAAGAGGAGGAUCCCCGACGCGACACUGGACCAAUGGCGGCAUUAACCACAAGGCAGACGAUAAGCUUUCUACGUUAUCCAGGUACUGGACCAUCGACCGCAGUCUGGCCCGCAAGCGAGAGCGCAGCGGCGGCAGUUACACGCAGAUCAAGCGAUCUCUGCGGGAACGCGGCCAGCUCUUCGAGGACACGGAGUUCAACACGAACCCACGCUCGCUCUACCACCACAAGAAGCCCCACGUGGGACCCAUCGUGUGGAUGAGACCCCAUGAGAUCUGCGCGAGGCCCAAGUUCAUCGCCGACGGAGCCACCAAGUUCGACGUUGAACAGGGUGAACUUGGCGACACUUGGCUUGUUCAGGCUGUGUCCACGCUCACCCUCACGCCCAAAUUCCUGGACAGGGUUGUGCCGCCCGACCAGGCCUUCGAUCACACCUACUGUGGCAUUUUCAGCAAUCCGAUCCCUUUGUGUGUCCCGGAGCUCAUUAUAAGUGAUCCUCUGUUGUCUCUGAGGCAGUGGGAGGAGGAUCUGAUGUUCCUUAUCGAUACCCUUAUUCUGAUUGUGCAUUUAGCCUUUCCACUCCUCAUAGAAUGUGCAGUUGAUGUGUACGAUGAAUUCACUUAG